UCAGCGCGGUGGGGAAGCGGCCCGUGGGCGGGGGCGAGGAGGCCAGGGCUCCGGUCGGUCGGCUCCCGGCUCCCUGCCCUUCUCUUGCUCCGCUCCGGCUCCCCGGCCGCUGAGGCCUGUGGACCAGGGACUGCACCAUCCUCCUCUCCCAGCAAGGGGGCUCCAGAGACUGCCCCAGCCAGAGUCUGGCGGCCUGGCACUCGGACAGUCCCUUGGUAAUGUCCAGGGCUCCAGGAAGAGAUGUCUCUGUGGCUGGAGGCCCCUGUGCCUGAUGUUUCUCCUGACUGUGCAGUGGAGCUGUGGGAGCCAGACGCACAAGAUGCAAGCAGCCAGCCUCUGGGAAGCAGCAACUGUAUCCUCAGGGAGGAAUCUAGCACACCCCAAUCUGCUGGGGGCACUUCGAGGGUGGGGCUGGAGGCAACAGAGCCCACAGCCCUGCUCCCCGGGGUGGAGGCCCCUCCAGAGUCCACAGAGCUUCGUCCACAAAAGCGGAAAAAGGGGCCAGCCCCCAAAAUGCUGGGGAAUGAGCUGUGCAGUGUGUGUGGGGACAAGGCUUCCGGCUUCCACUACAACGUGCUGAGCUGCGAGGGCUGCAAGGGAUUCUUCCGCCGCAGUGUCAUCAAAGGGGCGCGCUACGUCUGCCACAGUGGGGGCCACUGCCCCAUGGACACCUACAUGCGUCGCAAGUGCCAGGAGUGCCGCCUUCGCAAAUGCCGCCAGGCCGGCAUGCGGGAGGAGUGUGUUCUGUCAGAAGAACAGAUCCGUCUGAAGAAACUGAAGCGGCAAGAGGAGGAACAGGCUCAGGCCACAUCCGUGCCCCCGAGGGCUUCCUCUCCGCCCCAAGUCCUGCCGCAGCUCAGCCCGGAGCAGCUGGGCAUGAUUGAGAAGCUGGUGGCUGCCCAGCAGCAGUGUAACAGACGUUCCUUCUCGGACCGGCUUCGAGUCACGCCCUGGCCCAUGGCACCAGAUCCGCAGAGUCGGGAGGCCCGUCAGCAACGCUUUGCCCACUUCACGGAGCUGGCCAUUGUCUCUGUGCAGGAGAUCGUUGAUUUUGCCAAACAGCUGCCGGGCUUCCUGCAGCUCAGCCGGGAGGACCAGAUUGCCCUCCUGAAGACCUCUGCAAUUGAGGUGAUGCUUCUGGAGACAUCUCGGAGGUACAACCCUGGAAGUGAGAGUAUCACCUUCCUCAAGGAUUUCAGUUAUAACCGGGACGACUUUGCCAAAGCAGGGCUGCAGGUGGAGUUCAUCAACCCCAUCUUUGAGUUCUCCAGAGCCAUGAAUGAGCUGCAACUAAAUGAUGCUGAGUUUGCCUUGCUCAUUGCCAUCAGCAUCUUCUCUGCAGACCGGCCCAACGUGCAGGACCAGCUCCAGGUAGAGAGGCUGCAACACACAUAUGUGGAGGCCCUGCAUGCCUACGUCUCCAUCCACCACCCCCAUGACCGACUGAUGUUCCCACGGAUGCUAAUGAAACUGGUGAACCUCCGGACACUGAGCAGCGUCCAUUCAGAGCAAGUGUUUGCACUGCGCCUGCAGGAUAAAAAGCUUCCCCCGCUGCUCUCUGAGAUCUGGGAUGUGCACGAGUGACUGAUCUUCCCCUGUAUCUUCUCUUUUCUGAGCUGGAUGGCUGAGGCUGGUGGCUGCCUCCUAGAGGUGGAACCGACUGAGAAGGACAGACAUUCCUGAGGGCUGGGCAAAGGAGAUCCUCAAGUGGCAUUAAAGGAGAGUCAAAGG